CUCAUGGGUAACAAACCUGCGAAGCAAGAGAAGGAUGAACUUCUUUUGAAGUUUCCCCUUCCUGUCGACCCUGGUUUUGCCCGAUGGCUUGCUCGUGAUAUUCAGAGGGUUGAGGGUUACACCGUGAAGAACUGCCAGAGCCUGAAGCCACCAGAUCAUUACAUUGAGUUCAUGCACUUGAAUGGAUGGCUAGACUUGGAUUUAGACGACCCAGAUUUGGCUCACUUGUUCAAGUGAUAAACUGUUUGUUCUCCUUGUAGAUUGAAUGAGACUAUAAGCGUUAUGCUUGAAUUGUAUAUGCUUUCAUAUUGUUCUACUGGUUCUCUCAAAACUAUCUUAAUGAAUUCAUAAUGCUAAACAUUUAUUGUUGAUUACAAUUCAAUUACAAGAUAUAUAAUUGUUUUCUUA